AUCGCCUCACCCUCCUUGAAGCCGAUUUUCUCAAACAUGUUUUCGUCAAUCUUGUCAGACUCCAAAAUGCACGAUGAGGCCAUUGAAUUGUUCAACUUGAUGAUGAAAGAUGGUAUUUUUACUUCUUUUGAUUCGCUCAUUGUGUUAGUUGAUUCGUUGGUUUCUUCACGUCAGUUUGAUAAGGCCCUUGAGCUGUUCUCGAAGAUUGUCGAGUCCGGUUUCAGGCCGAACAAAGUCAUGUUUGGAAAAGCCGUACAAGCGGCGGUGAAGCUGGGUGACUUGAAAAGGGCUACUGAAUUACUUGAUAGUAUGAAGAAGGAAAAAGUUAGUCCUACUGUGUUUGUUUAUAACGUGAUCAUUGGCGGGUUGUGUAAGGAGAAGAGAAUGGAGGAUGCAGAGAAGCUGUAUGAUGAAAUGAUCAAGAGAAAGUUAGUGGCUACUCAGGUUACUUAUAAUACUCUGAUUGAUGGGUAUUGCAAAGUUGGAGACUUGGAAGAAGCUUUUAAUGUGAGAGAACGUAUGAAAAAAGAAAAUGUGGAACCAAAUCUUGUUACCUUUAAUUCAUUGCUUAAUGGUCUUUGUAAAGCAAGAAGGAUGGAGGAUGCAAAGAGAGUGUUGCAAGAAAUGGAAGGUUAUGGCUUUGUGCAUGAUAAGUUUACAUAUUGUAUAUUGUUUGAUGGGUUUUCAAGGAAUGGUGAUGGUGAUGCUGCAAUGAGUUUGUACGAGAAAGCAGUCGACAAAGGGGUAAAAAUUGAUCGGUACACGUGUAGCAUUUUGUUGAAUGCAUUGUGCAAAGAAGGGAAGAUCGAGAAGGCGGAAGAGAUUUUAAGAAAAGAAAUGGAAAACGGGCUUGUUCCGAAUAUGGUUCUAUACAACACAAUUGUCAGUGGAUAUUGUCAAAAGGGUGACAUAUCUUCAGCCAUUUCGACAAUGCAAGAGAUGGAAGAUAGGGGAUUGAGGCCUGAUAGCAUUACUUUUAAUUCCUUGGUCAACAAGUUUUGCCAAAUGAAAGAGAUGAGCAAGGUGGAAGAGUGGAUAAAGGAGAUGAGGGAGAAGGGUGUUUCUCCAACGGUAGAGACAUAUAACAUCUUAAUUGAUGGUUACGGGCAAAUCUGUCAAUUCGAUAGGUGUUUUCAGAUUCUUGAUGAAAUGGAAAGCAAAGGGAUAAUGCCUAAUGUUGUCAGCUAUGGUUCUCUCAUAAAUUGUUUAUGCAAAGAUGGUAAGCUUCUUGAAGCUGAAAUACUACUCAGAGAUAUGAUGGAAAGAGGAGUUUUGCCAAAUGCACAGAUAUAUAAUAUGCUCAUUGAUGGUAAUUGUAAUGUGGGGAAGUUGGAAGCAGCUUUUAGGUUUUUUGAUGAUAUGCAGAAAAGUGAACCAGGUCCAAGCCUUGUAACAUAUAAUGCACUCAUUAACGGCCUCUGCAAGAAAGCAAGGGUAGUGGAAGCCGAAGACUUGCUUCUUCAAAUCAAAAGUAAAGGUCUUAGUCCUGAUGUGAUAACAUAUAACUCCUUAAUAUCUGGAUACUCCUAUUCAGGAAACAUACAGAAAUGUGUGGAAUUGUACAAAAAUAUGAAAAACUUGGGUAUUAAACCAACUUUGAAAACAUAUCAUCCUUUGAUUACUGUAUGUGCAAAGGAAGGAACAGAGCUUGUAGAGAGAUUAUUCCAUGAAAUGUUAGAGAUGCAUUUAGCUCCUGAUCGAGUUGUAUAUAAUGCACUCAUUUACUGCUAUGUAGAGCAUGGGAAUGUUGAGAAGGCAUUCACUUUGUACCGUGAUAUGGUAGAUCAGGGAAUUCAGACAGAUAAGAUGACAUACAAUAGCUUGAUUUUAGGGCAGUUUAGGGUGAGAAAUUUGUCGGAAGUUGAGAAUUUGGUUAGGGAUAUGAAGGCUAAUGGAUUGGGUCCCAAAGCUGAUACAUACCAGAUACUGGUUAGGGGAUACUGUGAGCUGAAAGAUUUCAGUGGAGCAUAUUCUUGGUACAGAGAAAUGUUUGAGAAUGGAAUCAAGCUAACCUUCAGUAUUUGCAAAGAACUUAUCACCGGCCUUAGAGAGGAGGGAAGAUUGGUAGAGGCCCAGAUUGUUUGCUCAGAAAUGAGCAGCAAAGGAAUGGAAGACUUGAGCUUGAAUGAAAGUUUCUCUGCUGCGGCCAAAACGUAAACAGAGAGAUAUAGCAUCAUUAAGCUCUCAACGAUCAUGGUUUUCAAGACAUGACACUACAGCACUCGAUGUUUCGAUUGAAAGGGAAUUAUGUAGAGGAGCUGUCUCGAGCUCUCUUCUUCAGUUUGCCUUAUGGGAUAAGCUCUCCGGUUCCACAAAUUUACUAUCUUCUUAUUCUGAAAAUAUGGGGAGAAGCAAGAGAUGAAGCUCACAGCCGGGACGAGUACAGAGAAAAGUUUGGAGGGAUUAUGGUAGACUUUUUUGAUUCCUUGGAGAACUUUACCAUCUGUUUGCUAGCAGCAGCAAUUUGUGAUUCAGAACAUUGUCAGCCCAAUGUUCUGAAUCCAUCUUGGCUUUUGUAUGAAAUUGGUGCGCAGAAGUUGAAAAUAA